CUGUGCCAAUUCGAAAUGAAUCCUCAAAAUUCGUCUUUUAAACUGCUAAGGAGAGAACAAAUGGAUCCUUUACAGCUGAGGCUAUCUCAAGAUUAAUUGCCCGCCUGUAACGGCUGAUAAACAUUUAAACCUUUGUUAAAUAAUGUAUUUAGCAGAAAAAAGUUUCUUGUCACUAUUUUAAUAUUAUAAGUUGUUUAGUAUUAAUAUUAUUCUAUGUAUGUUGCGUUUGGUUAGUUUAAUUUACAUCAACGUGUCAUAUUUUCUCAAAAUUAAUAUUUUUUUGGUAUUUUAAUCGGUCAGAAACGUCUCCGCUGUGUCCCGCUGACAGGCGCGGUGUGCGCGUGCAGCAUGUGACGCACAUUAUGGAUCCUCUGAAGGCUAGACCUUCUGUGGACUUCGGAGGCUGCGACCUUUAAAGACCGAGUGCUCGCCUUCUGAGGUCACGUCCUUAGAAUGUCACAGCUUUCGAAUUGGGACAGCUAAUAAAUGUUUCUUUUUCUCUUUUUUUAAAUAAAUGACUUGGUUCUUUAUCGUAUGAUAAAAUGAAUGUAGGGUGACUAAAGCACGAGGACGUUCAUUAUAUUUCAAAUCAUCUAAUUUAAAGCAGCCAUAUUUUAUUGAAUUGUUGAUCCAGUUUACAAAACUGACCUAAAUCAUGUUUUAUCAAAUUAGACUCAUCUGAUUGUCGGGAUGACAGAAGAAACAUAGUCAUGGGUUUAUAUUUACUUUCUUAAAAUAUUCCUAAAUGCUACUGUUUUUUUGCAAUCUGCUGCUAUUCAUUCAUUUCAUAUAGGAUACAGAAGUAACUAAAAGUGUACGUGACACCUCAGAGGGUCUACUGUAAUCCUUUGCUGUUAAAUCUGAUUAUUAAAAUACACUUAACAGAGGUCAGGAUGUAAAAGUGGUGUAGACAUUGCAGUAUUACAGUUCAAAUAUUAUUUUUAAAUAGACCAAAAUUAUUGCUGAAUAAGAAUAAACUUUAUUUUGCAAAUCUUUCUAAAUGGUUGAGACAUGUUGAAUAAAUAAGUAAAUAUAUAUAAUGUCCACAAGAUAAGUAUUUGAACAAUGUACAGAUGCCAUUGCAAUCAGAUAGAAAAUACCACGUAGUAUUACUUAAGUAAUAAAAGUAGCAUUAGUUUUAAAGAUAAAUGAUAUUAAAAUAUAAAAUAUAUGUUACUUAAAAUAAAUAAGUGACUUGAAUACCUUUUGGUUGUCAGCCUAUGGAUAAGCAUCACUUGUUUGAAGUUGACAGGAACAUACAUCCAUUAAAAAUGAGCUUGGGAGCAUUAGGUUAAAAGCUAUGGCACAAAUGACCCUUAAAGUGAAGUUAGCUAUGAGAAAAGAUCUAGCAUCAUCUGUUUGUAGGUCAUUAAGUUUGAUGUUUUGUUAUCUGUGUAAUGAAAUUCAGGCAUUAGUAGCUUAUAUCAAUUACCAAGUGAAAAGUGUCCAAAUACUUUCAGUGGCUCACUAUGUGCACGAGGAUUAAUACUGUUUAUAUCCAGUCCCAAAGAACUCUUAUCCCUCUGUUGGUUGUAAAACUAUUGUCAGGGUUGGGAAUUAUGGGGCAGAGAAGGAAAGUUUUAUGCUUCCCUUGGUCGGUGUCGUUUCUCUUGCAAAUGAGUAUCUUGAUGAUGGUGCAGAUGUUCUGUAAUGAGGGUCAUUAGGAGCGAGAAUAAGAAUGGGAUGAACUGGCAGGGCUCUAGGCGCCUCAUUAUGCAGACACAUUUUAAAAGGUCGAUGGGGGUGCGAAUGGCCGCUUAAGGGUCCCGAACACAAAACCAGGGGGAGGAGAGUCAAAAGAAGCCAGAAUUCAAAUUGCACGGCUUAUUGUCAGAGCAGGAGGAUUUAACCUCGGAGAGGUAAGGAUAUCAGGAGCGCAACGCCGACAGCGGAUAUAUUUGGACACUUGGAGAUGGCCGCGGUUACGCACGCACGGAUUUCACUGCUGAUCCUCGCUUUCGUGGCUUUAACCGUAGGAGUACAAUGUCGAUCUUUGCGUAAGCAGAUUCGGAAGGUGACGUCGUUUCAAGGAGAGCGUAAAAUCCGCAUGGACAUUCAGAGACGGAUCCGUCGAGAGCCGGGGUCCGAGCGCGACCAGUGCGCCCUCCUGAGCGCGCCGUGGACGGAGAGCACCGCUCCUUUUGGGGACUGGGGUCAAAUGUAUCGCCUGAAGAUAUUAUCGACGAUGGGUGAUGGUCCACGUCGUGCCGUUUUCCCAGAACCACCUCUCUUUCAGUUCGUUAGACGGGUUUAUCGAUGUUGUCAAGUUGGGUACCACUGUGGAAGUGUCAAAGGAAUACAAGGACGAAAACCUGGUGACUCCAACAUUGAGUUUCUGCUUGGGGUGGAUGUGUUGUCCGCACCGUUGGAGCGUGCAGAAGUUCAUUUCCAAUUUUCUAAUCCCCAACACCUCAACAUCCUCCCUGUGCUUCCCUCUUUGGAAAAACGAGGGUUCCCUACCAGGUACAACAUCUGGUUGCGAGGUGGUGUGGUAGAGCUGAGAGUAGAUCUGCUCGCCCUCUUCCAGGCACUGCAGCUGGCUAUCGGAGGAGCCAAGAGAGGCCCAAGCCUGAUGGAAAUGCAUCGGGUGAGGGGUUUGACCAGACCAGGGGUCCUUGACCAAAAGGAAAUCCCCCCAGCCCCUCAAGACACAGCGCCCGUAUUGAAGGGGGAGGUGAAUGAAGACAUGGACGGUGCUGCCCCCCAGCAGCUGGCUUUAGAGCUUGGACUGGCAUUACACUGCAGCCUAGAAAACAAUAUCACACAGCCCUGUCGAAAUUAUGGUGUGCAUUUAGCACAUGCACCCUUUAUUGCUCUGACGUACAGAUAGCUAUAUCUUGAACAGCGUCUUGGGGGAUGCAUUUAUAAACUGUCUGUGUCCAACCAAACACUGUCAAUCUCUGGCCCCCCUCCCCAUCAUGAGUUCUUUGUGGCCAUAAAGUCUCUGUCCAUUCAGUCCACUAACACCUGGUGUGAAUGUUCCCUGGAUGGUUCGCUAUUUCAGGAAUUGCUAAUGAUUCCCAUUGUUUUGCGACAAAGGUUCGGCAACUCUUUUAGUGUAAUUCGGAGUGGCCGGUGUGGUUAUGGAACACUAUGCACUUCAGCAUGUAAAUUGAAUUUAUUAACUUAAAGGUUUAUUUGUGGUGAAAAAUUAUCACUUUAUAAAUGUAAAUAGUGUAUAAUUACAGUUAUAUAUAUAUAUAUAUAUAUAAAUAAAAAAUUUGCAUUGUAUCUGUGUGCCCAGCAUUUUUUACUGUUAGUAUUAUCGCAACUGUUUAGGUAUUGAACGUAAUUUGAUUCCAAAAGAAGUCAACUGAAUUUAAAUUAAAAAGAAGAAUUAAAAAACAACUAUGUGCAGAUUUUAAGAAAUACACCAAGGCCUGGUUUCACAGACAAGGCUUAGCUAAAGCAAUGACUAGGCCUUAGUUAAAUUAAGAUGAAAAAAAGACGUUACUGGUGUGUAUCUUGAGACAAAUCAAUGGCACUGGCACACUUUAAGAUCUGUCAGUGUAAGUUAUUUUUUAGUUAAGACAGCUCAAAGAUGUUUAGCCUCAAGCCUUGUUUAUAAAACCAAGGGUAUAUGAUUUUAUUCUUUAUCAUUUUAUAAUUCAUCUUACAAGCAUUUAACUCAAGCUAACUAUUCAGAAACAUUGCAUACAUUCAAAGUACUGUAUGAUGUAAUUACUAAAAGAUUUACCGGAGAGGUUUUUUCUUGUAUUUCUGAUAAACUUAUUCUGUUAUAGCAAUAGUUGUUUCAAUGGCUGGUUUAAAGGAGCAUUUCACCCAUAGAAACAUUAAUCUGUAUUGAAAGUGCGUCAUAUUUGUAGUCGAAAUGUAACAUACAUUUCGAAUUUGGUGCCUAUUUGACCGAAAAAAGGGGUGUUUGUAGUCUCACCCCCUCAACAAAGAUAUAGGACUUCCUGCUUUCAAUGAUGCAAAAUGAUGAUUUUUACAUCAUUGAAAGAAGGAAGUGCAACACUGAAAUCUGUAUUUCUCCUGUCUCAGCGGCAACUGAGAAAAUGAUGCAUGACCAUUCAAAAACAUGACUGGGGUUCUAACUAUACAAAGCUUAAUGCAAAUGGGUGAAGUGUCCCUUUAAUGCAGAAAACAUUUUUGGGUGGAUUCCCGGACAGGGAUUAGUUUAAGCCAGGACUAGGCCUUAGUUUAAUUAGGAAAUAUAACUAGUUUUAACAAACAUGCCUUACUAAAACUAUUACUUGUGUGCAUUUUGAGGCAAAACAAAGGGCACUGAUGUAUUUUAAGAUAUGUCAGUGCAAGUUGUUUUCAGUUUGGACAACUCUUACAUUUAUUUUAGUCUAGGACUACAAUCUUUGUUCGGGAAACCGCCCCUUUAGCUUUUAUUAUGUGUGUAUAUGGCACCUUUUGUUUGUUUGGACACCAUUUACCCAAUUGUAUUUAUUUAUAUAAUAUGGGGUGUUGAUUACCGGUCACUACAGUGGCGGCUCGCUCUUCCAAGGGGCGCAAAUUCAAAAUAAGUGUUCGGAGUGUCAUGUAUGUUGCUCUUGUUUUCAAAAUAUGUGUUUGUUGCGUUAUGUGAAUCAUGUGCAUCACGUGUUUUGUCAAAAUAAGUGCCUGUUGCACACGCGUCAAAACCGUUUAUGAUAAAAAAGACGCUCACGUUCACAAAAUACACGCAAGACACUCCCUUAACAGUAAACUCUGAUUACGCAUGAGAUUAUGUGAGCGUCUCUUUUAUCAUAAACCCUUUAGACGCGUCUGCAGCAGGCACUUAUUUUGACAAGACACGCGAUGCACAUAGGAUCACUCGACGCGCGAACACAUAUUUUGAAGUUAUGAACCACACACAUGACGAGCUAAAUAAAUGUUGUGACAAACUUCGAGCGCCCUUGAUAAAAGAAGUCACCGACUGGGUCACUAUGCAAUAA